CAGAUUUGACAGUUUUCACGGAGGGAGGACCGUCAGGUCCUGUUGUGAGGAGUCGCGGUGCAGAAACGGCGCGCAGGAUCACGCACCGCAGGACACGCGAGAGGCCGACGCGGGCACGAGGAGCCGACGACGAAGAGAAAGAGAGGAGGACGAAGGACGGUGAAGAAGAGAAAGGAGGAAGAUCCUAUGUGUCUCCCCCACCAGAGGUAGGUGGUCCACGGAACCGCCUCCGCGGACGGUCUGCCAUCCGCCCGACGGUUUCGGUGCGUGUGCCAGACGUGCGCUCGUCUCGUCUCGCCUCGGCCUCUUCCAAUCCGUGGACCAACCUGUGCGGCUGAGCCGUGCAAGACGGCUUCCUUCGCCUCCCUGAAUCCAUCGGGUCCAUCGUCGCGUCUCUCCUCUCGGCCGAUCAGUCGGCCAUCGGAGUUUACCUGAUUCGCCAGUACCGCCGCGCCGUCGCGUCUCCCGAUCUCGGGUAUCCAUUCGAUGUCGCGAGGUCGAGAUCGGAUAAGGGACGACACGGCGUGUCAGUUUACACUAUCUCCCGUCUUCGAUAACCGAUAAAGAAAGAAAGAGGUGGCGACAGUACAGAUAAAGAGACGCCGGGGACCUGACUAUGACGCGACCUCGAUGAUCUCGAGGUCCGCCAGGACGAAUCUUCUCCCGCUCGACGUGUGGCACCCCUCGAAGUAGCGUGCCCCACGACCACUCUCGAGCUGUCUCGCAUCGUACGCGAGAAGGACGCAGAAUCCUCGAGAAAGGAUCCAUUGACGAAAGAUAAGUCGAGGAGCAACAGCUCAGGAAAUUCCCGAAGAGAGUGCGUCCCUCCUCCUUCCUCAACGCGCGCCCCGUCGCAUCGGUUUCCCGUCUAAUGUUUCUCGGAGCCGAUAACGAAGUGAAUCUCUGAGUGAUCUACGAGUUCGCGGGAAUCGGUUUUAAUCAAUCGGGAUAGAGAAAAAAGAUAUAUUCGACGCGCGGAUGAGGGUCGCGCGGGGUCGACUAAGUAGCCAUAAAGAAGAUUCGGCGACCUAUCCGACCCGACAAAUCGCACCCAGAUAACCCUCGAUUAAUUAUCGAGCCUCUCUCUUCCUGCGCCGGAGAUCUCGUACCGAGAAUCCCGCCUGUUAAUGCGACAGAUAUCCACGAGAUGCAUUUUACAAUCAAAAUUUGCCGUUUAAUUCGCCGACGAUUGUCCGAGUGACAUUUUUCACGUUCGAGAACACGUUCUUGAGCUCGCGAGACCCUCCGUCGUCUAUGAGAGACACAGUUUUUGGUGAUCGUGGGCAUCGGCCGCCGUCAGUGACAGUGUCUUUCGUUUCAUUGGAAAAUGGAAGGCCAUCACAACAACAACGGCUUGGAGGGUAAAGCCGGCUCUUCCAGCAACGAGCACAGCAGCAACAAUUCCCUGGACGAUGCUGUGGGCAAGCUGCUGCAAGGAUACGAUUGGACGCUACUUCCGGUGACUUCGCGCGCCGGCGGCCGAAGAAGCGCCCACGUGAAACGCCCGAUGAAUGCCUUCAUGGUGUGGGCGCAGGCGGCAAGGCGAAGAUUGGCCGACCAGUAUCCGCAAUUGCACAACGCCGAGCUGUCGAAGACGCUGGGAAAAUUGUGGAGGAUCCUGAGCGACGGCGAAAAGCAGCCGUUCAUCGAGGAAGCCGAGAGGCUGCGGAACGCGCACAAGAAGCAGCAUCCGCACUACAAGUAUCAACCUCGUCGCAGGAAGCCGAAGUCGGACGAUCAGAUGGGCAUCAUCGUGCAUAGAGGCGGGCUUCCGUCGCCGGCGACCUCGCUCAACCCCUCGGCCGGCUCCUCGGACUGCACCUACGCCCGCCUGUAUCCGGACACCGGCGUGAAGGCGUACGAACGGCCGGCGACCUACCACGAGCCCAAGUCAAGCGCCUACGACCUGGCCCGACCGGUCUGGGUCAACGAGACCGUCGGCAAGUAUCCCGCCGCCGAUCAUCCCAACAAGUCGACGUACGAGACGACGGCGAGGACCUACGCCGAGGCCAAGUGCCACGAGGUCGCCAAGUACCAUCACGAGAUGACUGGGGCAAAGUACCACCACGAGAUGGCCGGCACCAAGUAUCAUCAUCAUCACCACGAGUCGGCGGCAACCAAGUACCCGGACCUGCAGACCAAGCCCUACGAUCUGCCCAAGUACCCCGACGCCAAGGGAUAUCCGGACGGUCUCAAGUACUCGGCGGAGAUGAGCAGCGGCGCGGCCGCCGCCGCGGCCGCCGCUGCCGCGAAGGCGCCCUACGCCUGUGUGCAUGGACAAUAUUAUCCUACCGCGGAGGGCUACGCCGUGCACGGUGAGGAGAACGAUUACCAACAGGGUGUGUCGUCGCAUCCCUCCUUUUACCCUUACAUAUCGGCGUCCAUGGCGCAACCGCCGUACUACAUGGGACCCCGAUAAACCGCGAGCUGAAGACGAGGAGGCGAUACGAGGGAUUCUUGGAGAUUCUUACGUGGCCGAAUUGUGGCGUAUCGAGUAAAAUAAGAUCGUAAACUACUGCCAAUCGGAUAGGAAACUAUUUACGGACAAAUUGGUCGAGACAAUGUUUCUGAUGAGUGAAACACGUCGACCUCCUCUUCUGACCGCGAGUCGCGUUUCAUUUGAAUCUUGAUAUAACGCAGAAAUUUUGCAACGGCGCGUGCGUGUGUGUAUGUACGCGUGUGCUUGAUAAACUCGGAGUGUAGAGCUCGUAAGCGACCCAAC